AUGAUUGAAAAUUGCAUCAAAAUACUAUAAAGAUAAUCUAAUGUAAGUGAUAUGAAAGACAGAGCAAUUGUUGCUGAUUUUUUAUCUCAUAUCCCUUACCUAAAAGGUGUUUGCUCAAAGUAAGAGCUAUAAGAUCGUCUAUUUGAUUUGGCUUAAUAUGUAGAAUACGAAGAAAUUCCAGAAUAUAGCGCAGUUUUCCACAAAGGUGAACAAAGCUAAUAUUUAUACUUUAUCCUCAAAGGAAACAUAUCAGUUUUUAUUCCUAAGUCUUCUUAAGAUAUAGAGCUUGAAGUAAAAUGGAGAUAAAAAUUAGAAUAUUUAAACAAUGAAUAUAAGGACUCAAAACAUGGCAACUAGCAUUCAUAGUAAAGUAGCUAGUAAAUUAUAAACCAAAUAAAUCAAGGUAAAAGCAUACUUAAGUGUUUAAGAAACUAAGAAGAUGAAGAAUUACUUAGAAAUAAAUACUUUUCAAAAUAUUUCAGGUAAAGUGGAACCAUAUGUGGAUUUAAGAAGAUAACUCAAUUGUAUGAAUAUGAUAGUUUUGGAGAGUCAAUUCUUUCUGACUAGUCCUAAAAAAGAACAGCUACUUUAAUUGCACACAACGGGAUCCCAUUAAGAUAAACCAACAAACAAGUUAAUAAUCAAGAAAUUAAUAUAGUAUCAGAUGAUUAAGAAGAGAGUAACACUUUAAGAUUAGAAUCAACUAAAAAAUUAGAAGCAAAUUACUAAAUUCAACCAGUAAAAGAAAUUAUAAUUCAGUCAUAGGAAAAUUAAGAUAUUUUGGAUCAACAUUAGUAAGCAUAAAACUUGAAUUUGGAUAAUUAAUUAUAAACUCUCCACACAAUUUCUAAUCAUUUUUAAAUUUCUAAAUUUAUAAUUUUGGGUAAGAUAAGCAAGAAAAAUUAUCUUAAAGUCUUUUAGCAAGAGCUAGAGAAAAGGACUUUUGUUAGAAGAGCUUUAUUAAAUAAUUUUUAGAAAGAUUUAAACUAAGACAUUUUAAGCAGUAUUGCAUUCUUUUUCAAGGAAGAGCACUUAGAGAAAAAUUAAAAAAUUAUAAAAGAGUUAGAAAGUACUAAUGAUUCAUCUAAAAGAAGCUCCAAUAAUAAUAGUUCUAGUUAAAAAAUAGAGCAUUGCUCAACUGAAAGAAAAAGAGCAUAAGAAAUUCUUGAAAAUCCCAUAUUCUCUCAUCCUGAUUAAGAAGAGGAGUUUCUUUAUUUGCUUUACAAAGGCUCUAUAGAAAUCCAAAAAAAAAUGACUUCCAAUCACUCCAAAAGUCAAAUUAAAAAUAUAGAUUCAUCUUUGUAGAAAAAUACCAUGUCGAGAGUAAGUAAACUCAGUUUAAGACUCGCUUAGCUUAGUGAGGGAGAGUUUUUUGGACAUGAAAACUGGUUCAAAGAGGAUUUUGAAAGCAUGCUCAGUUACGUAGGUCAAGUUUCACCAUCUUAAGCUUUCUAAGAUAAAAUGAUAUAACUUUAAAAAGAAUUCUCUAUUGUAACUCUAGAAACUGACACAGUUAUUUUCAAGAUUCCUCGAAAGAUUCUCUGUUAAUAUCAAAACUAAAAUUUAUUGAAAUCUCUGAUAGCUCAUGGAAAUCAAAGGCACAAAAGGUAUCUGCAACUUUAUACUGAAGCAGUAUAAAAGUAAGAAGAAACAAUCCUUUAAAAAAUCAAAGCUGAAAAUGAUUACUUUAUUUCUGAAAGUCAUUAAUAAAAAUAGACCAAGAAAUUCACAUCAUCAAAUGUAGAAAAUUUAAUGCAAGAAAAUAACAAUAAAAUAAAUAAUAAAGCUGAAUCUAAUAAAUUUUUUUAAGAAACUCAUAAUGACCUUUCACCUUUUUCAAUGAAGGAUUUGGUAUCAGAAUUUAACUCAUUCAAGAUGAAAUUUGAUAAUGUAUAUAACACUGCUGCUAUAUAACCAAUAAUAAAUAAAUAGAUAUAGUCUCAUAAAAGAGUUUAGUCAUAGAUUUAAAUUUAGUAAGAUAGCUGUUUGGAGUCUUAAGAUAACAAUCGUAAUACAUAACACAGUAAGAGUUACCAUGCUUCAGCAGAGUAAAAUCCAAUAAUUAGACAAAGAUCAACACUGAUUUUUACCUCAAAUAAUUUAAAUGCUAUAGAAUCAUAACAUCCUCAGUCUUUGCACCAUUUAGAGACAGAGGAAGGAGAGAAACCUCCUUCAAGCUUGAAAAAAAUUGACUUUGUCAUUAGAUAGAAUUAAAGGUAAAGGAGUAUGUAUAAUAUAAGUAAAUUAAGUGAAAAAUCCCUUUCAAAUUCUCAAUCAUAACUUAAUUUAAAUAAAUAAUUUAGCAAUACAAGAGAUUUGAAUUAAGUAAAUUUUGAUUCAUCUAACUAUUUUGAUUUUAAAGAAAAACGAGGAACUAUAAACAAAUAAAAUAUUGCUAACUCACAGUAAAUUUCAAGAAAUGCAUCAUUAAAUUCCUCUCCAAACCAUAAAUCCUCAUUCGAAUAAGGAGUUAACUAGGAUAUUUAUGAGAUAAAGGUAAAAGCAGCUUAAAAUAAUAAAUAACACUAAAUGUAGAAAUAAUCUGAUUUUCUAAUAUCAGAUUAUUUAAGCUAAAAUCAACUUAUAGAAAAUAAAAAAUAUAGCAAUAUUUUGUUUGGAUCGUAAACUUAAAGAAAUAUCUCAAACCAAGAUGAAAAUUAUUUCCCAUAAAGUCCUUCGAUAAUAAAAUCUCUAAAUUUAUCUCCCAGAAAAGUAUAAAACCAUAAAAACACUCAUUCAAUAAUAAAUUUAAAAAAAAUCUAAAAUGAAUAAAGUUAAAAUAAAAAUUACUAGCAAACCUAAUCAGAAAUGGAAGUCUUUAAAUAAUUAGAGUAAAAUGAUAAUAAUUCCAAUAAUUUUACAGAAAUUUGUUCUAAAUAUAAUUAAUUACAGGAUAAAGAUAAUGAAAAUUAACUAAAUAGCAUCGAAGAUUAAUCUCCAAAUAGCAAAAAAGUUAAAUUUUUAUUACAAUUACCUUCUAAUAGUAACGAUACUAACAAAAAGCAAACUAAUCAAGUCUUUCCCUUAAGAUUAUAAAAUCUAGACAUCAGACAAAAGAUAAAAUUCUUAGAUAGCAUGAAAAAAAAGUGUCCUUAGUUAAAAAACUCUUUUUUAAAUCAAAUAAACAUAAAAAAAUAAAUUUUUAAAAAUGAUUCAUUACAGCAAUAUUUUAAUAAUUAUGAAUAACCAAACUCUAACAUCAGUUAAUAAAUUAAUUUAUGCAGAGAAAAUUCUUUGUCCAAAUUAGAAUUUUCUAAAAAAGAAUAAAAUUCAACAAAUAAACUCUUAAGUGGUUUUCUUUCAAGUAGAAAUAGUGAUGAAAUUCUAAAUUUGCAUUAAAACGAUUUUAAAACAGCAUCAGAACAGAUAAAUAAUAUAAUUAUUGAUAGAAAAAGCUUAUUUCAGCGCUAAAACUCCUAAAAAACAUUUCACAGCAAUUAAAACUCUCCUAAAAACAAUCAAAAAAAAAUAAAAACAUUUUCAAUCCACUAAAAUUCUUAAUCAAAUUUAUUCUAAAAUAAUUUUUAACCAUAAAAAAGUCUCAUGCCUCUUCCUAAUAAAUUUAGUUAAUUCCUUAAAAUAAAAACUAGUUAAUAACCAGCGUAACUUGGAGGGUCUUAAACUGAAAGAUAAUUUGAAAUAAGUUAGAUUUCUCCUUUUACUAGUAGUUCCUAAGAAAGUAGUUUGAAGUAAGAAAUUUAAAGCAAAAGCUUCAAAAUUUUUGAAGACUUAUCUCAUAGAAACUCAGAGUAAAUUUUUGAUGAAUACGAAACCAAAAUACAUUCAGGCUAAGAUUUAGAUUAGAAUAUGCUGUCAUAUGACACUGCUGCUAAUUCAUAUGAUCAAUUUAAUCCACCCUUAAAACCAGUUUAAUAAUUUUCUUAAUUCAAAAUAUAAAAGCAAAUAAUAGCUGAUGUUUCUAAAAAAUCACCAUCUAAACAAAUAAUUUAAAAUUGCUUUAAAAAAAAAUGA